AUGAGUGUCAUUAAAAUCCAGUCGAGUGUGGUGUUGUUCCCCUGAGCAAAGGUGACCCUGUUGGCCCGGAUUUCUCGGGCGUGUGACCAGGCUAUCCGGUAUUACCAACUCAGUAUCGCCACCCUCGGGGCCUUCCCUUCUUGUGCCACUUUUUCACGGUGUAAAUCGUAGAUUUUUUGGUACUCCAGACUGCUGUUAUCCAGUACUCCGUUCCCCAAUCCCUCCCUCUUUCUUCUUCCCGUUGGGCAGGCGUGGGAUCGCUCGCCCGUUCCUCGACUUUCUCCCCCCCACCCUUGGCUUCUUAGACCCCCCUAGCCUCCCUGCCUGUGCUAUCCUGGUGUAAUCAGGAAUCCUCUCGCUCCAUCUGUGUAUCCUUUGCCGUUCGUGCCUCUGCUCUGGUUCAUCUUGCACUGACUGGCCCGCCGGAGUGGUAGACCCUCAUCGACUCCGAUGGUCUCUGAAGGUGGUGGGAGAGGAAGUACGCGUGGACUCGGGAGUCUAGAGUGUAGACCGACAACUCAGUCAGUUGGAGGAGGCGAGGAGUCGUUGUUGCAGCGCCCUCGACGUCGUUCAAUUCCAACGAGCUCUUAGGAGCUACUCUGACUAGUCUACUAGCGAGUCGAACGAACGAAGGAACGAGGAGAAGAAUGAACCUCGUCCUCGUCGUUUUAGUUCGUUUCCGCCAUCGAAGCUGAAUGGUCGCGUUUUGUGGGGGUGAUUGAGUAUCGUCCAUCCACCUAGUUCGCGACUUCUCCUUCAUGCAGCAAUCGAUCUUUCAAAUUCGGGACAAACUACUGGCGGGACUCGAUCAGGAUUACAAUGUGGUUGACCUAGACUGCGUUUUGGAGGUUCUAUCACAACUCGAGUCCUUCUCUAUCACCAAAGAAGCCCUUGAGGCUACUCGUUUGGGGAAGCACAUCAAUGAUCUAAGGAGGAAUACCAAAGAUCAGCAAUUAGCCAAUCGUGCCAAAGCAUUAGUCAAGAAAUGGCGCAAACUCUUAGUCAAUCCUCAACCGUCUGGAGGAGGCGGGGCGGGAGGUGGCGGCACCGCCCCACCUUCAGUGGCGCCCAGUGAGUCAUCGGGAAAUGGAUCUCGCCAGUGUUCCCCGGGUCUCCCAACGGCACCUCAGGGGGGUUCUACCCUCCACUCUACUACUCUCCACAAUUCCGUCGGAAAGACCUCGAGCAAGACUGCAUCGAACAGUCCCAACAAUGGGUCCUUGGCUGUGAUUAAUCUCCCUCAUAUCUCGAGUUCACUCCCUUCCAGUCGGAGCACAAGUCCCGGGGGCGCUGGCCUGUCCCUCUUUCACUCUUCUCGCCCCACCUCACCCGAGAGCCGUCCAAUCAGUCCAAGUAGUCAGGGGUCGGGCGUGUCUCGGACCCAUCAGAAUUCAAAAAACAAACGCUCCAAGCGAUCCGCUGGCAGGGGACCUCACGAGGAUGAGCCCAACGAAAAGAGAAGCCGCAUAUCUCAGGUCAUUGGAUCCACCAACGGCUCUCUCGAUUUCCAGUUGGACUGCGACACCCGAGACUCAUUCGUCAGCAAUGGGAGUGGGGGACCCAGUCACCUGGGAGGGCCCACCGAGCUCUUGGGUGGGUCCAAGGUGCUGGGUAAUGGGAACAGCAAUGGUUCUCUGGUUGAUGGGCGAGAUCACAAGUCCCGCCGCUCGAAGCGACUGGGAUCCAGGGAGAACAACCUACCCAGCAAUGCCACCUCAGUUAUUGAGCAACAAAUGCAAUCGGCAAGGAAGACAGGCAAAGUCAGAACCACUCAAGAAAUUGUCCAAGAAAUGGCAUUACGCUCCCAAUCCCCCCGCCUUAUGAGUGAGGGCGUGGCUAGUAACCUUAGCGCGACUUCCUUGAUGAUGCCCUUUGACGGGGGAAGCUUAGCCCAAUCCAAAGACCAAAUGAUGAACAAGUUCCUGGCCUCAUCGUUGAAUGGCGUCCACGGAGGCAGUGAUAGCGGGGGGCCCUCCACAGCUUCUUCCCACGCCCCAAGUCCCGAUCCACCCGCCGAAUUGUCGAGUGGUAAUAAUUCCCUUGGUCGCCACUUUUUGGACCCUGUAGAUGCAGUGAUGGCUCAGCUUCCGGUGAUAGAUGCGGCCGAGGUGCUAGCAUCCUAUAAAUUGUCAGAAGAAAACAGCUCCGAACAUCUCGAUAGCAAAGAUGACGGCGAAGUUGAUGAAGACGACGACGACGACGUAGACGAUGUUGAGAUCGAAGGUCUCAUCCCAAUCAAGCGUGAACCCCCGAAACCAAUCGACGAAUCAUUCCUUAGCAAACUUCAUGACGGACAUCUCGAGAACGUGAACGGGAACACCGACCACAGUGGCGAGUUCUGCGAAUGGCACGAGGUCCUGUCCAAGGAGACCAUGGGCGGCGAGUUGCUUUACAUAUUGCCUUACAGCGUCAUCGAUUGACUGAGAAUGAUGAUGUUGAUCACAUGUUCAGCGGUCCACAUAGCUUGUGAGGGUUGCUCUCACACCACUUUCGCCAUCCGUCUACACUCUUCUGUGUCUGGUCUCUUUAUGGCCAACACCAAAUUCCUGUGAGCCCUGUUAAUUUCCCUCCUUGUGGGAGUCAGUUUUUUCGUGGCGAAUUAUGGUCAAAAUCGUGUGGCAUAUUUUUGGUUGAUUAGGUCGGGUUUGACUUCCAAACGCUAACAUGGCUUGACGCUACGGAUCAGACCGAUCAAACCUGUCAAAGAUGAUUGCAAUGCAUAAGAAAAGGAUGGUGAUUCUACUUCUAAUCGAACAGCCACAACGGAAAGCGGAAAAGUGUUGCUUGAAUGGGGAUUUGUCUCGCCAUGUGACAGCGUCGCUCAUCUGUGGGUGUUAACACAAGUGCCUCCUUAUGUGUACAUAAUAAUAAUGAUAAUAACUUAAUCGGUAUACUUCAAACCACAUCAACAGCAACCGCUACUCGAUAUGACUCGGCAUUCCUCAUUCUUAAUUAAUGAGUAAUAUAAUAAAAUUAUGAACAACAGAAUAA